AUGUCGACAAGUCAAGCACUCAGCGUCACUAGCCUGAAGGGCGAGGUCACUGCGCUCGUGGUCGACGACGAUAAGGUGAGCCAAGUGAUUCACCACCAUCUCCUGAACAUCCUCGGAAUCGAGAACCAUGUUGUCGGCAAUGGGAAAGAAGCGGUUGAGAUCCACCUAUCAGGGAAGAAAUUCAACCUCAUUCUCAUGGACAGGGACAUGCCUGUCAUGAAUGGCAUAGAGGCGACGAAGAAACUGAGAGAUAUGGGCAUUAGGAGCACAAUUGCUGGUGUUUCAUCUCACUCAGUAUCACAAGAGAGGCAAGCAUUCAUCGAAGCAGGUCUUGAUGACUAUCAUGAGAAGCCUUUGUCAGUUGCUAAACUCCUCUCUGUUGUCAGCAAAAUCAUGCACAAGGCAUAG